AUGGAGCCCAUCUACGGAACGAACAAAAAGUACUUGCAAAGCCUCGCCGGCAGCGACUACUACCGCAGUCCGAGCACACUCAGGCCUAUGGCAAGCGAAUAUGCUUCGUACCAGAACACUCUCGGGCGACGCUCGACACUGGUUGGACCGUACACACAUAUGAGCAAAUACUCGUAUCCCACGGAUGUGAGCGUAAGUAGCCACUAUGGCUACACUUCGUGGGGCCUCUGGCGCGACAGCCGCAACCUUUCGUCGGCCCUGUACGCCAAGAAGCAGAAGAACAUCAAAUCUUUCUCCAUACUGCUGAUGUCUGCGGCCUUCAUCGUCGUCCUGGCGGUGCUCUGCGUGGCCGGACUGGCAUUCUACUUCAGCACAUUCAAGACGGAUCUAAGCGGAUCAAUCCUGGCCUUCGACUGCACGUUCCGGGUGGCCCGGGGCGACAUCUACACCACCGGACUGCGGAGCAACAGCACCCCGGUGUACCGGCAGAAGACGGCGUUCUACGAAAAGCUGAUCGAUACGUCGCUGGAGCGCAGUGGCCUCACCGUUUCCCGGGCGGAAAUCAUGAGCUUUGGUGACGGCCCAACCAUCGUGCUCAGCUUCAGGGUGUUUCUGGACAUGCGGAAGAUAAAGAUCACCAUCAACAACGUGGAGGAGCACAUCCGGACCGCCUUCCUGAGCGAGGUGCUCAACCCGAACUCGGCGUUCAAGAGCAUACGCAUCGAUCCGGACAGCAUCGAGAUUAAGCGGCUGCUCGACCAGGACGUGCUGAAGACGGCCCUCCUGACGCGCCACGAGGCAUUUCCGCCGACGGUGGUCAAGCCCGGCCAGUCCGGCGUGGAUGGGCACGAUGGGCGCCACGUCACGAAGAAGAGCGGCGUGAUCGAAAAAACUAUCCACAAGUUCACGCCCCGCGUGCCACCGCAUGGUGGGGGUGGCGGGGCCGCUGGGCCACCCCCUCUGGUCGAGGCAGAGUCCGACAUUGACAUGGAUAAUUUACCGGUGAUACAGGGCUCGUUUGAGAUAACGAAAACCGACGCCGACAUCACGCAGAAGCGGAAGGGCUCCGGCACCGGCGAACCGCCGGCCACCGGCCCGAGGGUGCCCCCGCCACCACCGGCUCCGUUACCGACCUCGUCGUCCUCGUCGGUCAGUCCGGCUCGCGGCGGCCAGGAUAAACCUCAGGUGGGUCCGAAAUCAAAAUAUGAAACGGCCACGGCGAAGAUCGAAAAAAUGGAUAAGCACGGGGUGACGACGAAGAAAAUUAAAACCACGCUGGCCUCGGCCGGCUCGGGUGGUGGCCGACGGUCCUCGACGGCAACCACCACAAAAACGGCCCACCCCAAGAGUGGCUCGAGGUCCACCACAACGACUACCGCACCGGUGGCUACUACGACAACCUCCAGGACGACCACGACGACGGAGGCCCCGCCACUGUCUGUGACGGUCGCGGGCAGCUCGUCGACCACGCGGAAGACAUCGUCACCGGCCACCGGCACAACAAGCCGGAUGACAACCGUCCGCUAUCAAGUCCUGGCAUCGCUGGCCGAGGUGAACGCCGUCAACGAAACAUCAUCAUCCUCGUCGGCCGAGUGGGACGAGCAGCAGCUGGUGGACAUGGCCGGACCUGGGGCAUACGAUGUUGACCAGCUGCCACCAGCCGGGAUUGGCGUGGAUCCUUUGGCCGAUGAGGGUGCGAAGAAUGACACCCUUCUGUUGGGGAACAUUUUCCAGGCCAUCAUUAACGACAGCACGCCCGAGGAGCUGACACCGGCACGGAGGCGCCUCGGGGUGGACAGCAUACCGAAGCUGGACGUGAACCUGUUCACCAGCGCCCCGGUCCUGGACAAGCAGCCCUGGCACCCGAUCAGCCCCCAGCAAUCGGAGUCGGAACUCCCGGUGAAGUCGGUGGCCCAGCGUACUGGGUUGCCGGCCCGCAAGAAACCAUCGCUGGCGGAGGAGAUCCUGUACCGGAAUCGGCCGUCGGACAUUGAGAGUGCGCUCGCGUACACGGAGAACCCGAACGGACCGAUCACGUACUACCAGAGCUACACCAACCCGAGUUUCGGCUCGUCCACACUCGGCAUCGAACCGCUCGGAGUGCUGGACGUGCGGCCAUACCCGCUGCCGGUGGACAAGAUCCACGAGGAGGUGAUACCGGACUUCAAGUACCUGACACCGACGGCCGUGGACGCGACGGAGCAGCUCCUCAACCCGACGCUGGACGAGCAAAAGUUCGAACACCUCGGGGACGGUGUAAUCGCCAAGAAGCCGGACCUGAGUGGACCCAAGGAUGAUGUGGCCAUCACGACGACGGAAGAAAUCGAAACGACCACCCUCGGGGCUGUGGAGUCCGACGAGACCAGCUCGACGGAGAGUCCGUACUACGGGUCCAGUGAGCUGAACGCCACGCACGACGAGGAACAGCUCGUGAUGGAUGUCGCGAUGGACCUCGCGGAGUCCCGGCUCAGUCCGGACGAGGAACUGACAACGACGACGACGAUGGUCCCGUCAUCCGUCACCACGACGCUGACGUCGGCGGAAGACAUUACCGAGCCGGCCACCGUACCACCGUCGACGACGACGGAGUUCGGGGCGCCCUCUAGUGAGGAACGCGACAAUGACUCCCUGGAGGUAACGACGCUGGCGGCGUCGGCUGGUGUACUGACCGAGGGCCGCCCCUCCACGACGUACGUCGAGGUGGAAACGUUCAAGUACAGCCCCCCGACGGUGCCGCCACCGACCCCCACCAUCACCCAGCCGGAACUGUUCCCGAUCACGAAGUGGGAGUUCGUGAACGGCACUCGGCGGACGACGGCCGAGAAGCCCCCGACCCGGAAGGUGUUCAACGAGACGCUCCAGGCGCUGGUGGUGGAGAACGUGGCGCCGGAAGCGACGACCGCCCCGGUGCUACCCCGACUGCCCCCGGCCGCUGCCAACCAGCUGGCCGACUUGAAGGUGAACCGCUCCCAGAACCUACAGAACCUGUCCGACAUCUUCGAUACGCUCGCGUCCAAACUCGGCAUCCGGCCGGAAGUGUCCAGCAAGCUGCCACCCUUUUCGUCGCUCGCCAAGAUCAAGCACCGGAACCCGGCCAACCGGACAGCGGGUACUGGCCGUCCUCGCCCCACCACCACCAGCCCCAGCACCGGGCGACCCAAGCGGAAGAAAACGCGACCCGCCACUGGCUCGACGGUGCCCGACAGCUUCCCGGAGACGACGACGCCAAUGUCUCGCGUCAUCCCGACCGUCACCAACGACGAGAUCGACGACGUGGUUCCGGUGAUGCUCGAGACCUCGUCCGCCGAGGUCCCGCCGGUCGUCGGCCAGGCGGAAGUGGAAGUCAUCGAUCCGAGCAUCUACGAGGAGAUGCUCAGCUCGCUGGCACUUGCCGUACCCGGCCAAAGGACACACGGGGCCGCUCCGACAACACCUCCGGCACCACCCUCGACGCUCGUCACGCUACUCCCCGUCAAGUCGAACUCGGGCAUCCGCAACUUCCGGCCCAAAACGAAGCGACCGCCAGCGACGGCAGCGCGCCAGGGCGAUAAAACCGAAAGCCGGCGCACGGCCCCGGACGAACCGGUGGACUCUAAACUAAUGGAUGCAAAUAAAACGGACGAGGCGGCCUCAAGGGGAUCCGGGCGACCGGGGCCGGCACGCGCGGGAAGUAAUAAAAAUAACACGAUGGUCGAAACGGUGGUCCGGGCCAGCAUGCGCUUCGAGUCGUAA